AUGAAGAAAUGUAAUAACUUAUUCUUAAUAUCUCUAAGCACUUCUUCAAAAUAUCCAUCAAACAACAAAAAGCAUUGGGAAAAACUUGGUGUAAAUCCUGAUCAAAAACCAGGAUUUUCUACUACAUAUCGAGAAGUUGAAACAGGAGUUAGGAGUUUAAUACAUGUGCCUAAUCAUCGGAUUGCAGGUAAGACCAGUGGGAGUUCUUCAGAGACGUAUGUACAACCGAAACCACUCAAUAUACGAUAUAAUCCACGUAUGUAUGAUGGUGGCUUGCUUCCAAGAUUAAAUUAUACUGAUAAACAAGUUGUUCUACCUGAACAUAAACCACGAGAUUUUUGGUCCCCACAUCGAGCACAUUUUGGUCAAAAUGACUACAUUGAUAUUCUAGGUGACGGAAAAAUUAAACCCCGUGAUUUUUAUACUGGACCUCCAUGGGUGUUAGGUGCACGAAAUGAAUAUCAACGUAUAUGCUCGCGGCUUAACAAUCCAGCUAUCGUUGCAUGGAUGGAAGAGUUUGAACCAUCUAAAUUGACAGCUGAGUAUAAAUUACAAAGAUACUUGUUCAAGAAAGUGAACAAGCGUAAAAAUAUCAAAUUUGAACGUUAUCGUGAUUCGCCUUAA